AUGGCUGUGGAGGCCGGCAGGAGGCUGCUCGUGCAGUGGAGGGAUGGGCAGGACUGGCAGGCCCGCGUCGCCAUCGCCCCCGCCACGGCCGACGAGCUGCUGUCGAUCAUAGAGACUCAAGCGACUCCCGAUCAGAUAGCGGCUGGGAAGGUGUGGUGGUGCGGGACGCCGGACGGCGACGCCUACCCUCACUGCCUGGACGUGGGUCCGCUCAGCGGGUUGAUCCUGUGCGACGACGCGGGCCGACCAGAUCGAGCGACCCACCUCGGCAGCCGAUUCAGCAACCGCACCCGCGUGUAUGGCACGGACUGGAGCGCCACGCCGCUGGAGUUCGCAAAGAUGAUCAAGCUGUCCAUCGGCGACCAGUGGCAGGAGCCACGGCUGGGAGCAGCGGCGGCUGGGGGUGGAGCGGCGGCGAGUCUGAUUGAGAUCGGCUCACGAUCGUUGCCGGCGCCGUCGCCCGACGGCUGGCAGGUGGUCUGGAGCACAGGCGCCACCCCCCGCAAGUCGCUGCUGACCAGCUGGAGCGUGGACGAGUUCGCUGUCUGCGACGUCGGGGGCCUCGCGGUGAAGGACUCGGAGGUGCUGCUGCUGCGGAGGAGCACGGGCGUCGACGACGACCUAGACUCCGACGCGCGCGACCACGAGCUGGCGAUGAUAAUGAUAGAGUUGGCCGUGGUCUACGACCAACUCAACAUCACGGAGCUGGCGAGCUUCGAACUCCUGCUGCGGAGAGCGCAGCUCGCGGAGAUGAGAUACCGCGACAAGAUCUUGGGGAAGCAGGGGGGGGACGAGGUCGCCGAGGACGAGAUCCUCUACAUGGGGACGGGCCUCGCGCGGGGCCUGGUGAUGGUGAGCCCGGACCUCUCGGGGCUGCAGCAGAAGGUGAACGCCCAGACCGCCGAGGUCCGCAGGCUGAUGGACAAGGUCCCCAUGGCGGUCCCGCGGGAGCUGCUGCCAGUGGCUCUCCCCGCGGGCCCGCCGCCCGCGCCCCCAGUGGGCGCCUGCAGCCGUGCAGUGAGGAGCCGUCUCCGCAAGAAGGAGCACCUCCACGCCUGGGUGCAGGAAGUUCUAGUUUCAAUUAAUGAGCUGUACGGUCACGGCACGCUGCCCGUCGACGGCAGGGCUUCGCUCGCGCAGGAGUGUGGGUUGGAGCACGUCAGACACGUGGUGGGGGACGCUGGGCCGCCGCCAGCUUGCAAUGCCGCGGCAGCCCAUCGAGAGCUGUGCGGGCCUGGGCACGGCUACGUCUUCGAGCCGGAGCACGUCGCGUCCUACGACCGGUCCCUGGUCUCUGUGCCGAAGGGGGGCGCCCUCGCCGAUGGCAGCCGCAUCCUGGAGGGAAAAGCUCUACAGCAAUGGGUAGGAUGGAGGCAGCUGUUGAAGCGACAGCCCGAGGGCGGCAGCCAGGCGCCCAAGCCCCACUACGACGGCAAGUUCCGUUCUCGAGUUACUUAUGCCCAGUUCGUCGGUGACCUGCUGGACGCCAGCGUAGUCUCCUUGAAGCAGCAGCGAGAGGAGACAGUGGGCGCCUUCUUUGUGCACAAAUCGAAUGGUAUGCAGCGUGUAAUUGUUGACCCUCGGCGUGUCAAUGAUCUGUUUGAAGCUCCAGCGCACGCGGUGCUCCCGACAGCGGGGGCUUGGUCAGCGUUGGAGGUCCCGAUGGGCCAGGAUCUGCACCUCGCCCAGGCCGACGUGGACAGCGCGUUCUACAGGAUCGGUCUGCCGUGCGGGGCGCAGGAGAUGUUCGUCUUGAGGGCUGUUCACCUUCCCGCCCCGCUGAAGCUGAGGCCAGACCUCCUAGAUCAGCUUCCAGCGGGGGUCGAGACGUGGGCGUCACCUUGCCUCGAGGUGCUUCCCAUGGGGUGGACGUGGAGUCUUUGCUUUUGCCAAUGUAUGGUGAUGGUUGGCGUCCAGGCUGCCGGCUUCGCCCUGUCCGACUUCAUCCAGGCCGACCUGGUGACCUCCGACUGCGAGCGUGUCGCCGCCAAGCUGGAGACGCUGGGCCUGAACUGCAAGGGCGUGGAGGCGGCCGGGUCGGACGCCACCUUCACGGGCCUGAGCUUCGAGGUCUCCUCCGGCAAGAUACAGCUCUCGCGGUCGCGGACGUGGGAGCUGAGGCUGGCUCUCCUGCACGCGGCCUCCCGAGGGUGGGCCUCGGGAGACGAGCUUCGGCACCUCCUCGGCCACUGGUGCUGGGCGGCGAUCCUGCGGCGUGAACUGCUGAGCGUGUUCGCGCAGACCUACAGGUUCAUCGCGCUGGCCGGCUCCAGGAGGUGGAGGCUCUGGCCAUGCGUGGAGGCCGAGCUUCGGCGGGCCGCGGCCUUGGUCUGCUUCGCGUUCGUGGGCGCCAAGCGGCCCUACAGCACUGUCGCGGCCGUGUCCGACGCUUCGGGGGCCAGCCGCCGCGACUUCGGCGGGUGCGGCGCGAUGGGGGCCGACUGGGGCCUGGAGAGC